AUGGCCCCAGCCCUCCCAGUGCUGCUACUGCUCUGGCUGUUUGUCCCCACUGUGGUCCCAGAGGUAUUUGGCCCUGGAGAUGGCACAGAUGACCUCAAGGCUCUGCAGGUCUCCAUCCCACGCCACCCAGCCCUCGACGCUGUGCUGGCAGGCGACAUCACCAUUCCCUGCCUCAUCACCUACCUUGGCCCCAAGCCCACCGCUGGCACGGGUGGGCGCCGGGCCGUCCUGGGAACCCCCCGGGUCAAGUGGACCUUCAUCUCUGAGGGCAGGGAGGUGGAGAUCUUGGUAGCUCGGGGGGACAGGGUGAAGGUGAGCGAGGACUAUCGGCUGCGUGCCUCCCUGCCCAUCUUUCACCAGCGCUACACCAACGCCUCCCUCCUGCUCACCGAGCUGCGCCCCAACGACUCGGGGAUCUACCGCUGUGACGUGCAGCACGGCAUCGAGGACGGCCAUGAUAUCCUCCAUGUCAAAGUCAAAGGGGUGGUGUUUCACUACCGGGAGGGCUCCAUGCGCUACGCCUACACCUUUGCCGAGGCGCAGAAAGCUUGUGCCCGGAUCGGCGCCAGCAUCGCCACCCCCGAGCAGCUCUACGCUGCCUACCUGGGGGGCUAUGAGCAGUGUGACGCCGGCUGGAUCGCCGACCAGACCGUCAGGUACCCCAUCCAGACACCCCGCGAGGCCUGUUACGGAGACAUGAAUGGCUUCCCUGGGGUGAGGAACUAUGGAGUGGUGGACCCGGAGGACAUGUACGAUGUGUACUGCUACACUGAGGACCUCCCAGGGGAGAUCUUUUUGGAGACGGCUCCAGACAGGUUCACUCUGGAGGAGGCGGCGCAGCGCUGCCGGGCGCUGGGCGCGGAGCUGGCGAGCCCGGGGCAGCUCUACGCAGCCUGGAACGCAGGGCUGGAUGCCUGCAGCCCCGGCUGGCUGGACGACGGCAGCGUCCGCUACCCCAUCGUCACCCCCCGGGAGCGCUGCGGUGGGGCUCUGCCGGGUGUCAAAACCAUCUUCCUCUUCCGCAACCAGACGGGAUUCCCCGAUGCCCAGAGUAGAUACGAUGCGUACUGCUUCCGAGAAGGGACAAACUCUUUCCCUGAGGCUGCAGGAAAAUACCAAGCCCAAGAGCCUGAGGAGAAUCUCCUCCAGGAGAUUGUCACAGUGGCAGAAAAGCUGGAGGAGCUGCAGCUGCCCAGAGCGCAAGUGGAGAUUGAGUCGCGAGGGGCUAUUUACGCCGUCCCUUUCUUUGAGGACACUGAUCUGGGAAAGCCAAGCCAGUCCCCUGAAGAUGCACUGGGGCCAGGGGCCCGGCACCCCCCACUAGCUACCUCUGUGUCCUCAGAGGAGGAACAGGGAGCAGCGCCGGGCAGGGGCUCUGGCAGCACAUCGGCGGAGAGCCCGGGCGGAGGGCGAGACCCCAGCCAGCCCCUGGAGCCAGAGGGACCCACCGGUGCCCCAGCAGAGAGCCGAGAACCUGGCGGGACGCCCCGCCGCGGGCACAAAUCCGGCGGGGCCAGCACCCCCCUUUCUGCCGCUGAAGACGCGGAGCUCUCCGGAGAUGUGGUCGAAAGCCCUGGGGCGUCCCCGCUGCCUCCGUCGCCCUCGCAGACGCAGGAGGAGGGAGAGGAGCAGUCGGGAGCCGUGUGGCUCCCCUCGCCUGUGGUCCCGGGGGACGGGAGCACUGUCCCCGCAGUGACACCGUGGCACGCAGAGCUGCCCGGCAGCAGCAGCGCACCGGCCCUGGGAGGAGAGGAGGCUGCACCGCGACCGCCGGGCGCUGACCGCGGGAUGCCUGCUGCAGCGUCCGAGGAAGAAGAGGAGGAGGAGGAGGAGGAAGAGCAACCUGCUCCCUCCAUUACAACCGUGGAGGGUUUCCUUGCAGCCGUUCCUGGAGAAGCAGGUGGCUGCGUCCCCAACCCCUGCUUGAACGGAGGGACCUGCGUGGAGGAUGGCGCCCACCUCACCUGCUUGUGUCUGCCUGGCUACGGAGGCAGCAGCUGUGAAAGACCACUGCGGAGGUGCAGCCCUGGCUGGGACAGCUUCCAGGGAGCCUGCUACAAGCACUUCUCCACUCGGAGGAGUUGGGAGGAUGCAGAGACUCAGUGCAGACACUAUGGGGGGCACCUGGCCACCAUCCUGACCCCCGAAGAGCAGGACUUCAUCAAUGACCAGUACAGGGAAUACCAGUGGAUUGGCUUGAACGACCGGACCAUCGAGGGGGAUUUCCAGUGGUCUGACGGGAGCCCCUUGCUCUACGAGAACUGGCACCCCGGACAGCCCGACAGCUACUUCCUCUCCGGGGAGAACUGCGUGGUCAUCGUGUGGCACGAUGGGGGCCAGUGGAGCGACGUGCCCUGCAACUACCACCUCUCCUACACCUGCAAAAUGGGGCUGGUGCAGUGCGGGCCCCCCCCCGCUCUCAGCAACGCCCGCGCCUUUGGCAAGGCAAAGCAGCGCUACGAGAUCGGCUCCAUCGCGCGGUACCAGUGCCGGCACGGCUUCGCCCCGCGCCGCUCGCCCAUCGUCCGCUGCCGGGAGGAUGGCACGUGGGAGCUGCCCCAGCUGGCCUGUCGCCCUGGCCUGGCUCAGUCCCCCAGUCACUGA